ACGAACGAUUGUAGCAACAAAUGAUGAUCGCCUUUGUAGCUUUGACCGUGUUUGUACAGAGCGUGUUUGCAGGUAACCUGGUGGAUGUUUUACAGCACAAUGGUGAGACGACGUUGAUUUCACUUGUGAAACAAGCAGGUCUGGCUGAUGCUCUGCUGUCAGGAGAAUACACCAUAUUUGCUCCAACAAAUGCUGCUUUCUCCAAACUUCCCCAGUCCAUCCUUGAUGGUUUACAGAGGGAUACCACCGCUUUGGCAAAUAUCCUAAAGUACCACGUGGUCAAAGGCUCCAUUCACAAGGCCGAUGCAUCCAAUGAGCUUCAGUUAGAGACUUUGGCAGGAACCAAAAUCAGAUUUAACAUCUAUAAUCACAAUCACGUGGUGACAGUAGAAGGAUCCAAAAUCACACACUUUGACCUGACCGCCUCAAAUGGAAUGGUGCACGUGAUUGACACUGUGAUGAUGCCUCCUACAGGAAGCAUUGUGGAUUUGGUGGCCGGCAACAGCCACCUGAGUACUCUAUUGUCUCUGGUGCAAUCAGCAGGAUUGGCAGGGGCAUUACAAGGAGAUGGUCUAACAGUGUUCGCACCAACCGAUGCUGCAUUCAAUAAACUCGACACUCAUGUUUUGGACAAUCUUAAAAGUCACCCACAGCUUCUUAAAGAAAUUCUGGAGUACCACGUCGUUCCUCACACUGAAUACUCAGCUGGAUUGUACAACCGGGAACACCUCAGAACUCUUGAUUCUCACCAUGACAUCAUCAGACUAGGAGUCAGUAGUACUAAUGGUGUUGUUCUUAACCACAAAUCUCAUGUGACACAAGCCGACAUCAGCGCCACCAAUGGUGUCGUACACAUCAUAGAUCACCAACAAAUGAUGAUCGCCUUUGUAACUUUGACCGUGUUUGUACAGAGCGUGUUUGCAGGUAACCUGGUGGAUGUUUUACAGCACAAUGGUGAGACGACGUUGAUUUCACUUGUGAAACAAGCAGGUCUGGCUGAUGCUCUGCUGUCAGGAGAAUACACCAUAUUUGCUCCAACAAAUGCUGCUUUCUCCAAACUUCCCCAGUCCGUCCUUGAUGGUCUACAGAGAGAUACCACCGCUUUGGCAAAUAUCCUAAAGUACCACGUGGUCAAAGGCUCCAUUCACAAGGCCGAUGCAUCCAAUGAGCUUCAGUUAGAGACUUUGGCAGGAACCAAAAUCAGAUUCAACAUCUAUAAUCACAAUCACGUGGUGACAGUAGAAGGAUCCAAAAUCACACACUUUGACCUGACCGCCUCAAAUGGAAUGGUGCACGUGAUUGACACUGUGAUGAUGCCUCCUACAGGAAGCAUUGUGGAUUUGGUGGCCGGCAACAGCCACCUGAGUACUCUAUUGUCUCUGGUGCAAUCAGCAGGAUUGGCAGGGGCAUUACAAGGAGAUAGUCUAACAGUGUUCGCACCAACCGAUGCUGCAUUCAAUAAACUCGACACUCAUGUUUUGGACAAUCUUAAAAGUCACCCACAGCUUCUUAAAGAAAUUCUGGAGUACCACGUCGUUCCUCACACUGAAUACUCAGCUGGAUUGUACAACCGGGAACACCUCAGAACUCUUGAUUCUCACCAUGACAUCAUCAGACUAGGAGUCAGUAGUACUAAUGGUGUUGUUCUUAACCACAAAUCUCAUGUGACACAAGCCGACAUCAGCGCCACCAAUGGUGUCGUACACAUCAUAGAUCACGUUCUUAUUCCAGCUCGUCAUCAUUUUUCUUCGAUAUUAGGAAGAAAGUAAUCUGAACAAACCAAAUGAACAUUUUGGAACUACUGUCUCUUUUAAUUUAUUACAUGUUGUGAAUGAAUGUAAAUGUGUUUGUCAUCGAAUAGCUUGUUGUUACGUAUUGACUGAAAACGCUAUAAAUCUGCAAUAAACAUUAACAAAACAGAAAA